UGCAGAAGCAUCUGCAACGGAGGAUAUGUGUGCACAUCCUGGGUCAUUUGGAGAACUGUGUUUUCUUUGUGGCCAGAGGUUGAUUGAGCAGUCUGGUGUGACAUUUGGGUACAUACUCAAGAGAGGGAAGAUUAUCAGGCAGAAAUUUGUGCACGACUACAAGACUCUGGUGACGGAAUACUGCAGAAAUUUACAGAGAGUUAAGGGCUUGGGAGAGACUUUGGUGGGUGCAUAUCCUGGACGAGCCAUGAGCUUCAUAACCCAGAAAGCCAAUCUAAACUCUCCUAUCGUUAAUUGUUAUCCAAGCAAGCCAAUAUGGCUGUAUAGCAAGCAGUCUGUCACAUUCAGAGCAGACUCGAAUGCUGAGGUUCUGGAAGGAUAUGCAGGUGCAGGGCUUCAUGACAGUGUAAUUAUGGAUAAAGAGGAGAAGAUUGUGUGGGAUUACUCAAGCGAUCGGAUGAUCUUUGAUAGGGGCUUCCAAGUCUCACUCUUCUCAAGAAUUGCAGACGUGGGGAAGAUAUUAGAAGGACUUUAUGGUUGUCCUCAGGACAUUGAAGGUGUGGUAAAAGAUGGAUUGAUAUACGUAGUUCAGUCAAGGCCACAAAUCUAGCCUUCAGCGACCGCAGGUUACUAUUUAUGCUGAAACUAAUUGAUUUUCAAGAAUCAAUUUAGGCUAAAGGUUUGUUGUAACAAAAGAAAAAGGCUGGU